AUGUUGCCUCUCGGAGCGCCGACUUGGGAAAAAGCACUAGGAACGGACGCUAAGGUUACUCCGGGAAAAUAUACGUGCGACGUCUCCUUUAUUAAUAAAGCCGCAGAGGACCUGAUGAAGGCCUUGCCGAUAAUUGGCGAGGUUGGUUGUAAGCUGCUGACGUCAUCGUUGAACGUAGCAUUUAAGGUUGAGAAACCGUCAGCACAAAUAUUUGCUGACCCUAUAAAGUCGCCAGCAUUGAGGCUGCUAAGGCUCUUAAGCAAGCUUACGGUUAUAGCGGACGAUAACGUGUUGCCUAAAGGCUUUGACCCUUCGAAGAUUAAGAACUUGUCGAAGAUUAAGAAGUUAAAGGGCUCGACUAAGGAAGGCAAUAAGAGAUUUAGUCUUUUACUUUUAGAGAGUUACUGGAGCAAUAGAUCUCUUGUUGUUUUCCUGCAAUACAACUUAACAAGUUUAAACAUUACGAAAAAGAGAACGCAUGCCAGACCCUAA